AUGCCUGAACCCUCACCCCAGCUCAAGGGAUUGAAAAAGGUCCUUUCCAAGAGGCGCUCCUCCGAUGUCCCUUCAGACUCUAGCUUUAGGGAUCUACGACAAGGCUCCGCCGAUUCCUUUGUCCUGGAAAAGUCCCCCACCAGAUACAGCACCCGUUCCACUAGUCAGGAUGGAAGUUCCAAGUCCGGCUCUAGCGGAGUGCGAAAAUUGCUGCCUGGCCACAGCAAAAGGAGGAGGCGGCGGAUGCACGAGGAAGAACUAAAGAUUGCCGCAGAGGACCUGGCGAGGGGUCGGACGGGGAGUGGCUCGAUGGUACUGCCUCCUCAGGCAACCCUGACUCGACGAGCCAGCAGUCUCGGUCCUCCUGAGGGGGAUAACAACCUACUCACCGAUGACUCCGAACUCGAGACUCCUCCCUUAGUCUCCAGAGAUUCACAUACCGGCUACUUGACCAUGUCAUCGCCUCUGGUGUCACACACGACCACGCGAAGCGAUCAAGAUUCGGCGGUCCCUCCGGUGCCGCCUCUACCCGGAUACGCAAGUCACAUUCCCAUUCUGAGAGAGCCGGAUGGAGCGGGACGUUCGCCCUCUCCGAAAAGCCCGGCCAUCCAGAGCGGCUCCCCCACCACGUCGACACCGAUCGAUCGAGCGGCGACUUUUGGUGGACUCGACCGCGGUGAUGUCCUCCUCCCUCAAGGACGCAGCGACACCCUGGGCACUAUCCGAGGCAAAUCACCGGCCCGCAGGUUCAGAGACGUCUUUGGAAAACCCAGCAAGAGCCCCAAAGUGAGCCCGGAGAGGAGGCAGACCGACGUGUCCAGUGCCUAUUCCAGCCCGUUGGGCAACAAUUCGGGCCUGGGCCUGUCCACCAAUGAGCCCGUCCCAGCGCCUCCUGCAGAACCGAUCCCACCUCCUCUCCCCGUCGAUCGUCCACAGAAUCAUUCGAUGCCCAACUUGGACACCAAAUUUCGCCCUCUGACACCGCCAGCGGCGCUCAUCACCACUCCCCUGACGACCGUGACUCCUCCGACGCCCACCGACACUCGUUUCGAUGGAACCACGGGGUCUCCACAGCGAGACAAGGCGGCACCCGACGAGAAGGAUGAACUCUCCAACAUCGUGGUCAGUCCGUCUGGCAACAUGAUCUCGCACCGCAAGACGAGGUCGACAUCUUCCAUCACCCAUCAACCGAGUAAACUGUCGACCUCCAUGACCGCCCCUCUGACCCCCACGGAGGACGGCCGGACGGCAUCGGGCAUGACCUUUGGCAACAGGGUCCCGAGUGGUGGUCUAUUCUCGUCUUGGGUCUCGGCCGCUCAGAAUGCGGCUUCGACCAUUACCAAUCUCACGGGUCCCAACCGCAGUCGGGCGGGCACCACCGCGUCGGACCCCAACAUCAAACCCAAAACCAUCGAGGAACCCAUCAAGGAAGAAGAAGAGGUCUCCGAACCCGAGGUCCCGCGCAAGCAGCUGGCGAUCGAGACCAUGGGCACCGGUGAUCUCAACUUUGAACAUCUCGGUCUGAACGGGGAAGAAUCCAACCACAACGGCUCCAGACUCGAUCUGAAUGAGUUGCGCAAAGAUUCCAUGCUGGAACGCGACGAGGCUGCCGCCAAGAUGGAAGAUCUGUUGGCCAAACGGGCGGUGUCUGCCGCCUAUGAGCGGACCUCCACGGGAAGUACCCCGGUGGCCGAGAUCUCCGACCCCAUCAGCAGCAUGAAGCAGGCACAAUUGAUCAGCGCCGCCGUCAACGGGGAGAGGACGCCCCCCAACGGGAGUGUGUAUGACGGCGAGCUCGGCUCUGUCCGGAGGACAAACAGUGUCAGAAGCAAACUGGGAAAGCGGAGAUCGAGAGGAUCGUCGGUCGCCACCGGUCAAUCUGCGAUUGGAGCCAUGAUCGGAGCCAGCACCGCGGCGCUGGUGAAUCCGACCAAGGGACCGCGACUGACCGGAUUCACCUGUGCCCCCAAACAGCGAAACCGGAAUUUUCACCAACAAUUUCGAAGCGUGCCAGAGGACGACUACCUGAUCGAGGACUAUAGUUGCGCCUUGCAAAAGGAAAUUCUCCUCGCGGGCAGGAUAUACAUCUCCGAGGGACACAUCUGUUUUUUCAGCAACAUUCUGGGAUGGGUCACGACCGUGGUCAUCUCUUUUGAAGAGGUCGUCAGCAUUGAACGGGAAAGUACCGCCAUGGUCUUCCCCAACGCCAUUGCCGUGCAAACACUACACGCUCGACACACUUUUCGGAGUCUGCUCUACCGCGAACAGACCUUUGAGCUGCUGAUCGGCAUCUGGAGGGUUAGUCAUCCGGCCAGUUUUCAAAAGAGCAUGAAUGGGAAACAGUUAGCGUCGGGCGAAGUAGAAGUCGCCGAAGGCACCAACGUGGAAAACGGGGUCAUUGUACAGAACAGUGAAGGGAGCACGACGGAGGACUCGAAUUCCAGCGGCGACGAGGACAGUGCUCCGAGCUUUGUGGAGAGCAGCGCGAGCAACGCCGCCAGCGAAGGCGCAGAGACCAAGGUCGUUUCUCGAAAACCGUCGGGGAUGAACGCACCGGCCGUCGCUCAAGUGGCGAGCAUCGCUGCAGGGACGUCCAACGAUGUUCCUCCAUCUCUCGCCGCUCAGGCUGGAAUGCCCGACGUGGCCGGGAACGACUUCCCCGGCCCAGCCACUCACGCCCCGACCGAAUGCACCGAUGCCGCCACCCAUUACGACAAGAUCAUCAAGGAUGAAGUCUUGCCGGCACCUCUGGGUAAAAUCUACUCACUCCUCUACGGACCCGAGUCGGGUGUGUUUGUACGGAAAUAUCUGGCGGACGACUGCAAGUGUACGGACCUGGUGUUGGAGGACGACAAAAAGGGUCUCAACAACGAGAUCAAAAGUCGACAAUACAGCUACAUCAAGCCCUUGGGAGGUUCCAUCGGUCCUCGGCAGACCAAGUGUAUCACGACCGAAAAUCUCGACUUUUGGGACCUCGAAAAGGCCGUGACCGUCACCUGCACCACACAGACACCCGAUGUCCCCAGCGGGAACGCCUUUUCCGUCAAGACCCGAUAUUGUCUUUCGUGGGCGCCCGGCAACGCCACCCGACUCCAAAUGAACUGCACGAUCGAAUGGACGGCAAAGUCGUGGUUGAAAGGGCCCAUCGAGAAAGGUGCCAAUGACGGGCAACAGCAAUACGGCGACGGACUGAUCAAAGUGCUCCGGGGCGCGAUCAGCGGCAGACCUAGGGGCACGACCAACGCCAGCAAGGUCUCCAAGGUGACCAAAAAGAAACGCAAGGGCGACAAGAGACACAAGGAGGAAAAGGUCGAAGAGACCAAGAAAAAGAGCGAAGACUGGGGGCUCUUUGAGCCGCUCCGAGGUCCGCUGCAACCGGCCACCGACAUUCUGAGACCGGUGCUCAAGAUGGAACUCCUCCUGGUGCUGCUGACAUUCAUGGUCGUGGUCCUCUGGUUCCGAACACCACCCACGUCGAACGCGCGCCUCGGUCCCUAUCCAGGCUACAGCACGCUCUCGGAAUCCGAGCGGCUGGUCGCCUACGACACCCUCUGGGCCAAGGAAGAGAACGAAUUCUGGGACUGGCUCGAAGCGCGCGCCAACGUCGACACGGUCCUCUUCCGCGAGCAGGGCCAGAAUCGCAAGGGUUCCAAGCUCGGGUCCUCGAACAGUGGGGGUCGAGACGACGUCUCAUCGUCGGGGGACUCGACGAAGCGACAGAAACAGCGCAAGAAGGUGCUCAGCCACGGCAGCGCCGCCAAGGACGUCGAGGCCAAGGUGCGUGAGGAGCGCAUCUCACAGCGCGAGAUGGAGGACGCGAUCAAGAUCACGCGCGAGAGGCUGGAGGUGCUCGAGGGGGUGGUGGAGAAGAACAAGAGGAGGGCGGGUGGGAAGUGA